AUGGCCCCCUUGGUGCUCAUCACCGGUGCUACCGGACUCAUUGGCUUUCGCGUACUCUUGGAAGCACUCAGUAACGGAUAUAAUGUCCGCUUCACAGCUCGCUCCAAAGAAAAGGCCGAGAUAGUCACGUCCAACCCCGUCAUCCUGGCCCUCAGUCCUGGUGACCGACUUUCGUCCAUUAUCCUGCCCGAUAUGACGGUAGACGGCGCCUUCGACGCCGCCCUGCAGGACGUGACAUACGUGCUCCACGUUGGCUCUCCAGUACCAGUGCCUGGAUUCGACCCAGUCACACAAGUAUGGGAGCCGACAAUCAAGGGCAUGUCCAGUCUUCUCACCUCAGCAUUGCAAGUACCAAGCAUCAAGCGGGUCGUCAUCACAUCCUCAAUUGUCGGAAACAUGCCCCCAAUGCCCGACCCAUCCACCACAGUGACUGCCGCCACACGGGUCCACUUACCCGGUCCUCCUCCGAAAAGCUUCUCUAACCUCUUUGAAGCAUAUGCAUUGGGCAAAAUCACCCAAGUCAUUGAAACCGACGCAUUUAUCGAAAAGAAUCAACCCCAUUUCAGCGUGGCAAAUAUCAUGCCAGGCUGUGUCUACGGGCGUAACGAGUUGAAGCUUACUGCGCACGGGGUCCUCGAUGAGAAUAGCUCCAAUCGAUACCUGAUGGCCUGUAUAACGGGCACAGAACUUCCCUUUCCGGUGCAUGGUGGCUACAUCCAUAUCGAUGAUUUGGCGGACAUUCAUUUGAAAGUACUACGUCUAGAGCCAGGGCCGGGGACAAUUGGCAAUUUCGGUGCUUGUAUCAACAUCGAUUACUCCGGUACCUUUGGUCAUGUUGCGAAGGCGUUCCCUAAGGCGGUUGCGGAUGGGACCUUUAAGCGUGGAAAUAUGCCUACUUUGCCCAUGUCCUAUGAUUCAAGUGAGACGGAGAAGGUGUUGGGCAUAAAGUUCCGCCCCUUUGAGGAUGCUGUCGUGGAUACCGCGCGACAAUAUCUGGAGAAGCUGGGUAAGGAAUUGGCAUGA